GUUGGUUGUGCCAAUCGACAUUUCAAUCAAGCACUGGUAUGUCCUGCGUGUUCAACUUCACUUACUCAAAGUGAUGACAUUGUCGUGACGCAGCUGAACCCAUCAGAAGAGUACAAAUCUUCUAUAUUGGCAGGAUUGAGACCAGAUGUCAUUAUGGACAUUUCAAGUCGUGCGAUCGCAUUUUAUUUUUAUCAGACAUCCCAGGAACUUUGUUACAAGACGAUUAUGCAGCAGAACUUGGAAACAAAGUGUCAUACUUUGCAGGAUCAAUUACGAGAUGCAGUUAGCGAUGGCAAUAGGACUGUAAAAGGUACACAGAAGUGGCUCAGUGAUAUGUGA